AUGCGAUUUAUGAUUUUAUUUAAUAUAACACAACCUGAAUAUCCAGUAACUCUUCAUGUAUUUGAUUUUUGCUAUGAUCAGACACUUGAUAGUGUGUCAGUUUUAAAUUCUGAUACAAAUGAAACAACUACGUUUCGUGAAUAUUGUGUCAAUAAUAAUAAUAUAACAGGUUCUCAUGUACUUUUACAUCCAAAUGGAGAAAAUCGAUUUAUUGUGAUGAAUUAUUUUCUCAAAGCUGGUCUUGCUCAAUUUGCUGGUACACGAUCAGUACAUGUAUUUAAACUUAAUGAACAAUUAACAAAUUUUACCUAUGAAUCUCGAUUCAAUCCAAUUUUCAAUUUGAUUAUACAUCACAACAACAACAACACUUAA